CAACGCCAAUGCCAAUGACAAAAACGAUAAAAGCAAGGGAAACAGCUAGGAAUUACGAAGAGGAAGGAACACCUCUUCAACACCAACGCCAACGGAAAAACACGUCACCCGGACCGACAGCUAGGAAUUACGAAGAGGAAGGAACACCUCUUCAACACCAACGCCAACGGAAAAACACGUCACCCAGACCGACAGCUAGGAAUUACGAAGAGGAAGGAACACCUCUUCAAUACCAACGCCAACGGAAAAACACGUCACCCAGACCGACAGCUAGGAAUUACGAAGAGAAAGGAACACCUCUUCAACACCAACGCCAACGGAAAAACACAGCAGCAAAACCACAACAUUCUCAGCACCUAACAGAAGAAAGAUGGAAUGGUGGCGACAACAAUAAUAAGAAUGGGUGGAAUCAUGACAUUUACCACCACACUGAUAACCAGAAUGCAACCGGAGUAGCAAUGAGGAGACAAAACCGCAACAGUCUCCUCAACGGUCGACAUACCUGA